CCGCAUCACCAGAUUCCACGUCCCCGAGUUUGUUUACUUCCUGGUGUCAGUGCUAGGGACGUGUGUCCGUGUGAUAAGGGGCUCUCACCGCACACAGGGACCCUCACCCCCUCCUCUGUGUGCCCUGGCUGCUUGUGUACCCGAGGGGCACCGUGUGAGCUCAUUAUGGCCAGCUCUGCUGGGGACGGCAGGAACCUCACAGCAGCCGAAUGGGGAGGGUUUGAUGACAACAUGCAGAGUGGGGCAGGAUCUGCCGUGAUUGACAUGGAGAACAUGGACGAUACUUCUGGCUCCAGCUUUGAAGAUAUGGGAGAGAUUCACCAGCGUCUGAAAGAGGAUGAAGAAGAGGGGGAAGGUGCCACAGAAGAAGGUGAUGAAGAGGGGGCCUUUCUUGGAAUGAAGGGCGUUAAGGGACAGCUGGGCCGGCAAGUGGCUGAUGAGAUGUGGCAGGCUGGUAAGAGACAGGCAUCCAAAGCAUUUAACCUGUACGCUAACAUAGACAUCCUGCGGCCAUACUUUGAUGUGGAGCCCAUACAAGUGCGAAGUAGACUCCUGGAGUCCAUGAUACCUGUGAGGAUGAUCAACUUCCCCCAGAAGAUCGCAGGAGAGCUGUACGGACCACUCAUGCUGGUCUUCACCAUGGUGGCCAUCCUGCUGCAUGGGAUGAAAUCCUCAGGAACAGUCAUUAGAGAAGGCACUCUCAUGGGCACCGCUAUUGGCACAUGUUUUGGGUACUGGCUGGGAGUUUCUUCUUUCAUAUAUUUUUUGGCGUAUUUGUGCAACUCUCAGAUCACAAUGUUACAGACUCUGUCGCUGCUGGGUUAUGGACUUUUUGGACAUUGUGUUGUUCUCUUUAUCACAUAUAACAUCCACUUCCACUCGCUUUUUUAUAUCUUCUGGCUGUGCAUCGGGGGUCUCUCUACACUAAGAAUGGUGGCUGUGUUACUGUCACGCACGGUAGGACACACUCAGAGGCUCAUCCUGUGUGGUGCUGUUACUGCGCUGCACAUGCUGUUUCUGCUUUAUCUGCACUUUGCUUAUCACAAGGUGGUGGAAGGUAUCUUGGACACAUUGGAUGGACCAAAUGUGCAUCCUCCUUUCCAGCGAGUGGCACGUGAUUUAUCGCUUGGCACUAACUUGGUCAUCAAUACCACCCUCCGGGUCCUGUCUGUACAGUCUCACUGACCAUGCCACUGAUGUGCAACAACCCUGAGUUCCUGGUGGUCUUUGCUUACCCCUUGUUAGAUAAUGCUCACAAUGCAGACUAAGUGGAAAGUUCAUUUUAUAGGCAUUAGCAAGUGGUGAAUCACCAUCUUAAACAGCAUAGUUAAUUUACACAUCAGUCCUAGAGAGGUCAACACUGUAUUUUUUUGUCCCUCUGUCCAGGGAAGAGAUUAAAUACUUAUGUUUCUUAAACUGUAUAUGAGACUUUUAAAAAUAUUCAUUAUUACUUUAGUGAGAAUAAAUUGGGAGCCAGUCCUAGCAUUGUUUUGUCUGUGUGUAUGGCUGCUACAGCUGUGUGGCUACAAGUAAUGGGACACUCUGUGUCAUCACAGGAAGCCCAUCAUCAUGAUAUGGACUACAGACAUAAGAUCUUGCAAGGCCUGAAACAAAACUGCUAUAUAUUCUGGUAUCCAGCGGUGGCUCACAGGUCCUAUGGUCACUUUUUUUUUUUUUUUUUUUUUUAACCUCCAAAAUAAAUUUUGGAUUAAAGACA